ACCCACUGGCCAUGUGGUACAUGCAAUGAGGGUCAACAAAGUACUUACACUAGUGCUACUCGUACUUGUGAGCACAGCGCUGCUGUUACUAACCGUCUACCUCAACAACACAAGUCUCUCCUGUCAUAAAGAGCUACCACGAGUACAGCAUCCUGUACAGAAAGUUAUCGGUGGUCAGCUAUCCAGCGCUGAACAGAAUAUUGACCAGCAACUACUAACACUCAGUCUAGAACCAGACAUUGAGCUCAGGGGAAAGUUUCAACACACACGUAUAGAGAAGCUAUGUCAGAAUAAUUUCUUCACAAGGGAACAGAAGUUUCCCACGGAUGAGGACCGCCUCACUGACUUCCAUUCCCAUCUCUUGUUUGAUGACGAGAAAAAAAUCAUCUUUUGUUUCGUGCCUAAAGUCGGUUGCACGAACAUGAAGCGUCUCAUGCUGUACAUGAGUGACAGUCUACCAAUGUACACUCUGGACUGGCCCUGGGUGGACUACAACAAGUUCAUUGUACCUGCCAUGAGUAGGGUAUCAUUUCUCAAUCGUACGCUAACUCACAACCAAAAAAUGUCACGUAUUUCAGAAUACUACAAGUUCAUGAUGAUAAGGGACCCCCUGGAGAGAUUGGUGUCGGCUUAUAGAGACAAAAUGGCCGCCCCGCUAAUGGCAGGUUAUGAGAAGCUGUUCCCAGAUAAAGUAAAGGUGGCUAUUUUAGAAAGGUACCGCCCUAACGAGCUCCGAGUGUGGAAGCGUGUCAUUACAGUACGUGACUACAACAUAUCCGUAUCUUUCCCUGAGUUCUGUCGCUAUAUAACUGAAACCAAAUCUUCUGAAAUGAACGAACAUUUCGUACCCUCGAUGGAUAUUUGUCAUCCUUGUCUAAUGAAAUAUAAUUUUUAUGGACAUUUCAGAAAUUAUUCUCACGAUUCCGCUCAACUUAUAAAGAAAUUUAAGGCCGACCCGAAGUUUUAUCGUGAUGAAUCGCUACACCAACCUCACGAGAGGACCCGCCAGAAACUGUUACAAUAUUACCGGCAGCUCACUAUUAGAGAGAAGUUGAAGCUACUCGGCCGACUGUAUGAUGAGCUAUUAUUUUAUUACACCCUCUAUCCUAGUGAGAGGAACUCACACCAACUAAUACUAGGCUCUGACUGGACUCCCCCAAUAAUAAUAUAGUAGCUGCAUGUGCAUAUCUUAUUGUUGGUAUUCAUGUUCAUUUUUCAUUAAAAUUCA